UGUCCGCAGGAAAAUGAAUCUCAAGAUACACCUAGUUUGGUUAUUAAUUUACUUUUAACUUCGAACUUGCGGAAAAUAUCAGCGGACUGUUUCCUGGGACACAGAUGUACAGGGAAAAUUGACCAAACCUGGGCGCGUUAUACGCCUCGGGGAUUAGGUUUGUGCAGUGUGCCGUGUCGGGUACUUCAGCAGUGUCACCCAUUUAAGCGUCUACGUUCACAUUUUUGUCGAUAGAGAAUCGCCACAAAGGAGACAUUUUACAAUAUAAAUGAGACUCCAAUCUGCUUCAUUUCAGAUCGGACGGUUUUGAGUCAGGAAUUUUUGUUGUUGUCCAUGCUGAACCAUUAAAUACGCUGAAAGGACCAUCCGUGUUUCGGGUCGAAACGCCGCUUCAAGACUGCCGCAAAACCCGAAAUAUGGGGCAGUGUGCCCCCACAGAUGCUGCUCGGCUCGCUGAGUUUUUCGGCUAAUUGAUUUUUAUUUCCUAAUGUGUCGGUUUACUAGCCUGUUCUAUACCUGUUUCUAGAGCAACACCAACAAAACAGGUUUGUUCCCAAUGCAGAAUCGUUUCUAAGAAACCCAAUUCCGCGCCUUUGUCAAUCCCGUGUCGGAGAUUGUUCCAUGAAACAGAUCGCCAGCUUCUCCCCAGGUCAGUCCUGUGUCGGAGACAAGGACGAUGAAACUCCCAGGGCGCCUUGGCCGCUUCGCCCCCUCUCCCCCGGUCGAAGAGCAGCGGCGGAGGGAGAAGGCUUUCCUGCUGGACUGCGUGGCCGUGAGCUCCAUCUCCAGGGAACACUGCCGCUCAGGAACCAUUAUCCCUCCGUACAACCCGCAAAGGGAUCUGCACUCGGCCGCCUAUUUUAGGACGAGACCUCUCCUCCCACUGCUGAAAAAGACCGGCCAGGUGGCCGGUGGGACCCCGGUCCCCGGCGUGGUGGCCGAUCGAUCCCAGCUUUCUGGAGCUGCUGCCUGUUACCUGAGAGAAAGAAACAAAAACGGAGCAGGUCACUCGGCAAGUCAAGUGAAAGGCCACUCUCUCUUUCUCACUGAAAUUAAGCCAGUAUUUGGAUACAACGGGCUCUAUGGGUACAGGAGGAACACACCGACGCUGCGAAGACUCCCGUCCUCUUUCGGUAUCACCACCCGAUCGCCCAUUCACUGAUCGUAACGCAGUCGCCGCUCCGUCAGUCUGCUCCAGCUCGGCUCUCAUUAGUGCUUGGCUUGCUCUGGUUGAUAGGUCUAAACCACGAAUAGAUGAAACUGCUAGCAUCUCUCUCAAUGUUCACACAAGCCGUUGCUAAAUUGCAUUUCUUUGUCAUUUUGCCAAAAUCUACCAAAUAUUUCUUUUAAAAUGUAGUUGAGAUUGAAACGAGUAAAUGUUAAACUGCAAUUGGAAAUGUCUAUAAUUUUAACCGUCAAUCUACAAAGGUUUUGUUUCGGUUGCACCGUGUACGACUUCAAUUGUUGUAUUCUGCAUACGAAUCCGGCGCCUGAUCCUUGACCAUGCCUGGCUUUGCCAGAAAACGUUAUCAUUACUAGAAUUCUUUUGAAAAUAUACUUGCAUUCGAACCUAAGGCCAUCUAACUCCUUACUAACUGCGUAGCUUAACGUUUAGCAUUUCUUUGACGUUCAUGCAAUAAUGGUUGGAAAACAAAAUUAAGAAUGGAUGAUAGUAUUUUUCUGUCUUCACGUUAUCUGUGCUGGGAAGCAGUUAAAGCCGAGUCUAAGGAAACAUGCCGCACAGCUUUUGUGAGGUUUAACAAGGUCCACAAGGUAUAUUUACAAUUUUAUCAAUGCCGAUUAUAAUUAAUCAAUGCAUCCAUUUCCUGUGUAUGCACUCAGAUUGGAAGUAGACGCUUCCAACAACAUCCCUCUCUAUUAGUGUGUGUGCGUGCGUUUGUGUUUUUUGAAAGAUUAGAACCGUCAUUAGAACUGUCAAGGACAGCUCCCGCUUUUUUAGAGUAGUAGUGUCACGGCUUUUUUAAAUCAAGAAGAUUGUACCUUCUGAACUAGAUAAUGUACAGUAUGUAUUAAUAAAAUCCCGACACGGGUGUCAGUCUGUACUGUUGUGCUUAUAGUUGGACCUGAAGCCACAAUCUUGAGUCCUAGUACAUGAGCUACGACUGACAUAGCAGAUGGUAAUGAAACCUCAGCAAUGUAUAUCGUCUACUUAUGGAAAAAUUAUAUAUAACGUCCACUAUAACUUCUUUGCUGAAGAGGGAAUGGUUUUAUCUGA